AUGUCACAACCUCCCGCCAGCCCAACGCCGCCCCUCCUCUUCACGAAACGCCUCCACGCCUUCCUCCACGCCAAUCAAACGCCGACGCUGCCGACGCUCCUCCUCACCACGUCGCACGGGAAGCUCCUCGCUCACGCGAGCCCACAUGCCGUCGUCGUCCUCCGCACCCACGCCACCGUCGCCGCCUCCCUGCUGGCCAUCCACACCUCGUCCUCGGUCGACGUACCAUCGGCGCUGCCGAGCACCCGAACGGCCGAUGCCGCUGCCGAGGAGGCCGAGGACGAGAGCGGAGCCGACGACCGCGACGACCGCAAGCGCAGAGACGUGCCCGAGGCGCGAGCCAAGGCGAGAAGGAAGAGCGCGGCCAAGGCGGUCCAGCCCGUGGCCAUCACGAUGCAGCUCAGCGGCGGGACCAUCAUCAUCCGCCGCUUGAGGUGCGGCCUGCUCUUCGUUGCCGUCGGGCCCUCGAACCAUGAGCACCAAGCCGAGCACGAAAACGGCGACCCGACCGGCAGCCCGAGCGAGGUCGACAGUCUCACCAGCGCCGGCGGCCAAACGACGAGCAGCCUCGAGAGCGCCGGCGCCGCCUCCGUCGCCGCCAUGAGGAGGCACGCGGGGGACCUCGCCCGCUGGCUCGACGACAAGCUUGGCACCUUGCAGGUGCCCGAAGGUGACGGUUCGACGCUGGCCGACUGA